CAAACAGACUGUGGCGAGCGCGGGGACGAUCAGGCCACCGUUUCCACAAAGAAAUAUUGCAUCUGCUCGCUAUUUCCCUUGGGGAUUUCCAUGACAACAAUUUGGGGUGGCAAAGAAUCCGACACCGGGAUCUCUGUGGCUCAUUGGGGUGCAUUGUGAGGAGAGUGAGGUCGCUGAUUGGCUCAGGAGAGCACCAUAACUACACGAGUCUAUAGUCAUUCAGCUUCUUUGAGUGCUUGGGCUAUUACAGAGGCCAGGCGAGCUGGACCUCACUUCAGCUGAUGCGAAGCGGGGUUCAUUAUUGCGGCUGUUGGACUCUAGAGCUGGAGGUCAGAGCUUCACAGGAGUGAGGAUGUGCCGCUGAGGUCUGCAUGAUGAGCUCCGACAGCGAGGUGAAGACGCUCCUGAACUUCGUCAAUCUGGCGUCGAGCGACAUCAAGGCGGCGCUGGAUCGAUCCGCGCCCUGCAGGCGCUCCGUGGACCACCGCAAAUACCUGCAGAAGCAGCUCAAGCGCUUCUCGCACCGCUACGCCAAGAUGCCCCGCUGCCAUCCGCACAGAAACGGCGACUCGGCGCUCGCUAAACUCUCCGAGGAGAAAGCGCCGCGCGGGACCGGGACCGGGAGAGACGUGAGCGCCGGCUCGGAGGACGAAGCGCGCUCGGGACAGGGACAGAUACCGAUGCCGAUGCGCAAGCGGCAGCUCCCGGCGUCCUUCUGGAAGGAGCCGCAGUCCUCAUCCGGGACCCGCGAGCGUCUGGAGCGCUUCCUUAAGAACAACGCGAGCGCGACCGGACACGUCAGAACGCCCGCGGUGAACGACGAGAAACGCAAGAUGGUUUUUGACGACUCGAAAGCAAACCCGCUGCUGUCCGGUAGCGCGGCUUGCGCGUGCUCGUGCUGCUCGCUCCCGUACCGCGCGCUCCACAGCCGCUUUCUUCUGCCUCACGCGGACGCGCCCUUCAGGAGCCGCGUUGAGCCCGCGCACAGCUUCAGCGCCGGACAGCAGCGCUCCAGCGCGCACGUGGUGAUCAAACCGAUCCCGACGAAGCCCGCGCUCUCCUCCUCCUCCUCCGUGUUCAGUGUGUUCGGAUUCUAACAAGCCUUAGACACUUCAGCGGACUCCUCUCUGUUUUAACCGAUUACUGCACGAGCUGCUCUCGAUGAACACUCGCCUUUACGCACUUAAAGUACAGAUGUAGCAAGAAUAUGGAUUUGUGAGGGCUUUUGUGUGAGCACAGCCUUUCAGUAGUUCGCACAAACGCUUGUCUGGACAGCGGUUCAUUUUACAAACAUCAUCAUUUCUCUGUUACAGCUCAACCCUUCCUGAAACUGCAUCAUUCAUUGCCUGUGAGGUAGAGAUUAUUUAUUAAGGUUUUAGUUAGAGAUGUUGUCACACUAAACACCUGAUGGUAUUAGCUGAUUAAAACUGGUAACGACUGA